AUGAGUUCAGCUCGAAAGCAUAUCCUCGAGGGCAUGGAAGAUUCAUUGAGAAGACUCGACCUGCCGUACGUCGAUAUCGUUUACGCACAUAAACCAGACCCCGACACACCCAUGGAGGAAAUUGUGCGCGCCUUCAACCACUUGAUUAACGCCGGAAAGACCAUCUACUGGGGAACUUAUGACUGGAGCCUAACCGAGAUCACGGACGCCGUGGAUACUGCAGAAAGACUACACCUCGUUGGCCCGGCCGCUCAUCAGCCCGAGUAUAGCCUGCUGGCGCAGCUUCGAGUAACCCGCGAAUACACGCCGCUCUACGGGGUAGACCCCUAUGGGUUGACGACACACUCUCCCCUCAAAAAAGGCAUCCUCACGGGCAAGUACAAUAUCGUUACUUCUCCGCCACCAGGCAGUCGUCUGGCCGAGUCUAGGGCGAAAUUUAUCGAGGAGUAUCGAAAGACCUUUGGUGAUGCGGCUUGGGAAAAAGAUGCCGCGAAGGUUGAGAAGCUGAGGGAGAUAGUGAAAGACUUGGGCGUGUCAGUCGCCCAGCUGUCUAUUGCAUGGACUUUGUUUAAUCAAGAUGUAUCUUGCGUUAUCACCGGAGCCUCAAGGGUGGACCAGGUGAUGGAAAGCGUCAGGUCUCUGGAUGUAUUGCCCAAAUUCACAGUUGAUAUCAGUGCGCGAAUUCGGGAGGUGACAGGGUGA